CGUACCAGGUUUACGGAGAAGACGUCAGUCAGGUAUGGAAAACCUCUUCUACACCAGUGUAUGCGAGAGCAAAACAAUGGAUUUACGCUGCCCCGUUGGAUUCGUUAUUUAUAUUGAAUCGGCAAACUUUGGGCGUACGGACAAUGUAACGUGUACGAGUGGGCCUGUGAUAACCUCGGAGUGUUUUUCAGACAACGCCAAAGAAAUCGUUGCCAAUAGCUGCGACGACAAGUCCUCUUGUUCAAUUCAGACUACGGAUGCGGUUUUUGACAACGAUUGCCCACCCGGCACUCAAAAAUAUCUCGAGGUUUUGUUUGCCUGUUUAAAAGUUCCAACGACAAUAGCACCACCCACCACCCCUGCAAGAGAGACUACAACAGUCACCACAAAAUCACCCACCCCACAACCCCGCGAGAGGACAAAGCAACCGAUCAUCAUUACUCAGUUGCCUAACGAUGCUACCACGCUCUUACCAGAUGGUACUACCACCAUGCUGCCACCUGUGACAACCAAAGCAGCAACAACAACAAUCCGUAGGCCGCCUACAACAGCAACAACAACACCAUCAACAACAGUUGUUCAAACCACCAGAAAACCUGAGUUCUGCAUGCCAAUAGUUGUGAGAGGUGUCCAGUGGGAACAUGCUCCAGCAGGUACCAUUGAUGUGCAGGCAUGUCCACCAGGUCAUACAGGUAAGUCUGUGGGUCUGUUCAGACUUCAUGUAAAAGUCAUAGGCCCGUAUUCUGAAGUCGGGUUUAACUUAAACUCAGGUUUAAAGUUGUGGUUUAAGUAUGGAUAGCCAAUUGUUAAAUCUCUAAUAGUAGAGAUAUCAUAAUUCAGCUCAUUUGGCUCUCAAAUCAUUCAUAAUUGUCUAGGAAGUAUAAAUAGAUGAUUGUCUUCACCAUUGAUGAAUCAGGAAAGAGCACAGUAAACAUAAAAAACAUACAACUUAAUAAAAAUUUUGACACUUUUGGCUUCCCAUAAUUUUAACACAGAGUUAGACCAUGGUCUUAGUUAAACCUGACUUCAGAAUAUGGGCCAUAGUGUUAGUCCACGAAUUACUUGAAUAUGAAGUUCAAAAGUGAAAUGAUAGAGAAGGGUGUUGGGUGAUGGGUGUUCGGUAUAGGAAUGAUACCAAAGUCUGCUUCAGAAAGAGUGCUUGGUGUAGAAAUUAUACAAAAGGGUGUUUCAUGAAGGGUGUUUGGUGUAGCAAUGAUCCAAAGUGGUGUUUUGUGAAGACUGUAAGGUGUAAGCUGAAGUGUUCAUAUUCAGAAUUUAGGUUUGAGCUACAGUCAUGUUUGGAUGUAGGUUUAUGUCAAAUAUCUAGGUAGAAAUUUAAGUUUCAGCAAAGUUCUGAAUUUAGGUUUGUUUUAAAGUACGAGAAUGAGGUAUUGUGUAAUUGUAAUAGACACACGACCCGAUAAUUAUAUCAUGCAGUCAGAACUUUUGAGAUAAGUAAAAAAAGAAAAAAAAAGUAAAGUGAAUUGGAACAGAAAAUUGUUUUGAAGGAGUGUCAAUAUAUCUAGGGCAACAGUUGUGCACACAACCUGCUGCCCCAGUAAUAUAAACAUUUAAUGAUUUGUCAUAUAUUAAAGAAAAGUAAUAUCAAAUAUCAAAACAGCCAAAUAUUUUGAAUAAACAGAUGUUUCUUAAUCUAAGAAACAGGAAACUGAAAAUAGAUUUUUAGUGAAACUCUUGCCAAAUAAAGAAAUAUCAUCAAGCAAAUCAUCACUGGUGAAACAUGGUAAUCAUGAUUGACGAUGAAAGCCAAGGACAAGAAAUAAACUUUUUGGUCCAAUUUGAUUAUAAAAUAUAUUGAAGGAUGUAUAAGUUGCCAAGUGAAAUGGAAAAUACAGUGAUUAGAAAAUGAAAGAUUGCCUUUUUAAUGAAAUAUAAUGAAAUGUGGACAUAAAAAAAUAAUAUUUUGGCUAUUUGUGACUACCCAGUUCUUUUCAAUGAAUUAGAUAGAAUAGAGCUACUAAAUUUUCAUGACAUUGUUUCAUUUGAGAUAUUGAUAUAAUGGAGGAUUGCCCCUUUCAAGUUUGCAUUAGCUUGAUAAAUAUAUAAUAAUAAAUAAUAUGGAUAUAAAAUACUAGUAAAUGUUAGUUAAUAAUAACUAUACUAUGUAUAUGAGACUUAUGCUUUUGAUUAUUUAUUUUUCAUUUAAUCUUUCCAUCCCAACAAACUGGUAUAAGUGUCUCCUAUUAAUCCUCAAAAAUUUUCAUAAAAUUCUUCUCUUUUUUAUUUGAUUCAAAGAUCUCUUUACAAACUUUCUCCUCUCGUAUUCGAUCCCCUGAAAAAUGAAACUCUUGACAAGAAUCGGCUGUUUCUGCGUCAGUCUUUCCAGUGGUUGAAACUUUAAUCGAUGAAGGUGACGUCUUUGGGGGUGCUGGUAAUUUCCUGUCAUUGGGGAAGCACGGUGUGAUUAAAAUCAAUUAAGAGGAAGAUGGAAGGCUGGAUUCUUACGUGAAACUGACUCUAUCAAGAUCCUCUGUAUUCUAGCAAUCAAAUGAUAUGUCAGUUUUACCUCUCAAAAUAGGGUAUUUCGGGAAGCAAUGGAAGAUACCUGCAGAUAAAACGUCUUUGUAGGAAAGCUGUUUAACGUAAGGGCCUACUUGUGAUAGAUGAUAAGUUAGAUGAUGGAGUGCAGAGGAAAAAUUUAUUUUUACUAAGUGUGAAACUAUCUGAUUUCCCCCACUUGCACAUCCAUGGGAAACAACUGUCAUAUCAAGCUUCCACUGAACCCACCCCCCCAAAAAAAAAUUUUUAUCCUAUCUUUUACAUAUUUCAGUUUUUCUGAAGGAAGAAAAAACACGAUUUUUGAAAACAUUUUGAAGAAAAGGAUGAAGGUAACAUUUGCUGAAAGUCCAUUCCUGUAGU